GUUCUUCAGUGUGGGCCGCCGGCUUUCGUGAUGUCCGUUAGGGGAGGCGAUCGGCUCACACCCUUAAUGGCCAGGAUACGUGACUUUUUACUUCAAAGGAAGUACAACAAUUCACUCCGUUAUACUGAAAAUUACUCCAAACGGACCCAACCCCCACCGUUUUUGCCUGAUGGGUGCAGCCACGAUAUUGCCGAAAAUGCAUAUUAUCUGAGAGAUGAAAGAAGGCGGGUGUCUCCACCAGUUGAAGUGUUUAUCUCGGGCCCCAAAAGACUUGCCGAAUCUGGAAGUUCAUCGUUGCCCCAACCCACAUCAACUUCAGUGACUACAGUUCCUGGAGUGAAAUUUAACUGGGACAAGCAGCUACCCUUAGAUUAAUCGCAGACCAUGGUUUACUGUGCCUUUUGGCGUUACUUUGUUUUGUGAUUAGAAUCAUCUUGAUACGUCAU